ACGAGUCUCCCAGAAAAGAAAAGGCUACUUUAGUAAUUACACACUCUCUGCAACAAAACCAUAUAGCAAGCAACAGACUGAUGUGUAGUACAAUGACCUCCAACCAACUACCCACCAGUACCACUCUCUAUACUCAAUAUCCUUCUCUCUCGCACAUACCCAUUUGCCUCUUACCUUCAAUGGCUAAAUUAUCUUCUUUCUCCACUUUCCUUUUCUUUAUAACUCUUGUUUAUUUUCUUGCCGUUUCGCACCAGCAACCUCUUCUCAACUCGGCCGAACAAGAAUCAGUGUAUGAAGUUCUCUCCUCCAUCAACUCCGCCAUUCCUUGGCGUACUCUCUUUCCAGAUGACCUCUGCCUCUCGGCUCCACAUGGUGUCGUUUGUGACUACUUUGUUGAACAACAAAACUCUAGAAACGUUUCUUCUUCUACCGAUCCUGUUGAAACUGCUCAUAUCACAGAGCUUAGUUUUGGAUAUGUCUCUGAUUAUACACCAAACCCACCUUGUUCUCCUAACUCUACUCUUAACCCUCUUCUUUUCACCUCCUUUAAGUUUCUUCGCAAGCUGUUUUUCUACAAGUGCUUCACAGAAACUCCGGUUUCGGUACCGAACGUUUCUUUGUCGAGUUUUGGGGCUACUCUUGAGGAGCUUGUGUUUAUUGAAAACCCCGCAUUCAUUGGGUCUCUUAGUGGCAUUAUUGGUAAUUUUACUAAUUUAAGGAGACUGGUUUUGACUGGAAAUGGGGUUUAUGGUAAUAUUCCUGACGUGAUUGGUGAUUUGUUGAGUAUGGAAGAGAUUACACUUUCAAGAAACCAGUUGGCUGGUGGAGUUCCAUCUAGUUUAGCAAAGUUGAAGAAACUGAGAGUUUUAGAUUUGAGUCAAAACCAUUUUGACGGAACUGUCCCUGAGUCCAUAGGCAAUUUGUCUCAGAUUUUGAAGCUUGAUUUGAGCUCUAAUGGGUUUUUUGGUAAAAUUCCACACAGUUUGGUUAACUUACAGAGCUUGGAGUUUUUAGACUUGAGUUUUAACCACUUUGGUAAUGUUGGAGUUCCUCUGUUCUUAGGUGAGAUGCCAAGAUUGAGAGAAAUUUAUCUGAGUGGGAAUUUACUAGGAGGGCAUAUACCAGAAAUAUGGGAAAAGCUUGGGGGUAUUUCUGGAAUAGGGUUUUCCAACAUGGGUCUGGUUGGGAAAAUCCCAUCUUCUAUGGGGGUACAUUUGAGGAAUUUGUGCUAUCUAAGGCUUGAUAACAACAAUCUUGAAGGGAAAGUGCCAGAGGAAUUAGGGUUUUUGGAGUUUGUGAAUGAAAUCAAUUUGGAGAACAACAAUUUGAGUGGUAAAAUUCCAUUUACUGCUAAUUUUACCGCUAAGAUAGGUGAAAAGCUGAAAUUAAAGGGUAAUUCAAGACUUUGUGUUGAUCAAGAUCUUGGCAACUUGGGCCAAUUACACUUUUGCAACAAAUCAAAAAUUGCCAAUUCUGCCCUUUUCAAACAAAGUAAUACCAAUUCUGCCUCUUCUUUGUCACCAGUAUUGCAGGUGCUAUCAUCUUUUUCAUAUGGGUUGCUUAUUUUAGGUUCUUACUUUUGUUUGCUUUGGUGAUUUGAUAAAAAAAAAAACGUUGAACAGUGGCUAACAGAAACAACAGGUUUUAUAUACUCUUUUGUAACUCUGGAUAGGAAUUUUUUGGGGUUUAGAUCGGAAAAUGGUGGGAUUGGGUUGAAUAUGUAAUUAUUUAGGGCUUUUCCGGAUGAAAUUGAAAAAUCAUACAUUGUGAACUUUAUUGCUGCUUUUUGAUUUUUAAUCUAAAUUGGAUUUCUGAAGUUAAAUUGAGAGGAGGUAA